AUGGUAAAUUAUGGAAAGAGGUAUCUUCUUCGUGUCAUCAACUCAAUUAUGAACGAAGAGGUGUUCUUUGCGGUGGCUCAGCAUAAUUUCGCAGUCGUUGGAACGGAUGGAGCAUACAUCAAACCCAUAAAAACUAAUUACAUCUUCAUAACCCCUGGACAAACCAUGGACAUCUUAAUGACUGCAGAUAAGUCCCCAAGCCACUAUUAUAUGGCAGCAAGAGCUUAUGAAGGUGUUGUAUUUGAUAACACUACUACAACUGCGAUCGUGAAAUACAUUGGGAAUUAUACAGCGCCAUCAACGCCAGCAUUUCCUAGUAACCUUCCAAAUUACACUGACAUCGAUGCUGUAACAAGUUUCACCAACCGGAUUAAGGCCCUGGCUAGCGAGGAGUACCUGAUUAAUGUCCCCCAAAAAGUUGAUACCCGACUUUUCAUAACUAUUUCGGUGGGCUCGAUUCCGUGCCCUAAUGAUUCAUGCGACGGACCAAAUGGUUCCAGGCUCGCUGCAAGCUUGGACAACGUAAGUUUUGAGGAGCCUGAUAGGCGCAUGAUAUCUUGGAUAUGA